CCUCUCCCGGCAUCCCCAGUGUCCGCCAUGGCCAAAGCCUACGACCACCUCUUCAAGUUGCUGCUGAUCGGGGACUCGGGGGUGGGCAAGACUUGUCUGACCAUUCGCUUUGCAGAGGACAACUUCAACAACACUUACAUCUCCACCAUUGGAAGUGAUUUCAAGAUCCACACUGUGGAUAUAGAGGGCAAAAAGAUCAAACUGCAAGUCUGGGACACAGCUGGCCAAGAGCGAUUCAAGACGAUAACUACUGCCUAUUACCGUGGAGCCAUGGGGAUUAUCAUAGUAUAUGACAUCACAGAUGAGAAAUCCUUCGAGAAUAUUCAGAACUGGAUGAAGACAAUCAAAGAGAAUGCCUCGGCUGGUGUAGAGCGCCUCUUACUGGGGAACAAGUGUGACAUGGAGGCCAAGAGGAAGGUGCAGAAGGAGCAGGCUGAUAAGUCGGCUCGGGAGCAUGGAAUCCGAUUUUUCGAGGCAAGUGCCAAAUCCAGUGUGAAUGUAGAUGAGGCUUUCAGUUCCCUGGCCCGGGACAUCUUGCUCAAGUCAGGAGGCCGGAGAUCGGGAAACAACAAGAAGACCCCCAGCACUGACCUGAAAACUUGUGAAAAGAAGAACACCAGCAAGUGCUCCCUGGUCUGAGGACUCCUUUCUGCCCCCGCACCCUGAGCCUGAAGGCUGAACCUGAGGGAGGCAGGGCUGAGCGGCUGGGCAGGCGAGAAGAAGUGGGGCUUGGAGGGAUAAAGAUGGGUAGAUGGUGGAAGAGUAAGGAGAAUAUGGAGAAGAAAAAAAAGGAAGGAGAGAGUGGGGAAGU